UGCUGGGAGCCUCGCGGGCGCGGCGCCGUCACGUUACUCGCAGUUGGGCGGCGGCCGCGGCGCAGCGCUGAGUGCACAUCACGCCUUAGCAGCAGCCCCGGAGGCGCCCCCGCCCUCACAGCCUCUGCGCUGGCGCAGCCACCCUCGCUCCCUCUGCUCUUCUUCCCUUCGCUCGCACCAGGGCUGAUCAGUUGACCGAAGAACAGAUUGCUGAGUUCAAGGAAGCUUUCUCCCCAUUUGACAAAGAUGGCGAUGGAACCAUCACAACAAAGGAACUUGGAACUGUCAUGAGGUCACUGGGUCAGAACCCAACAGAAGCCGAGUUGCAGGAUAUGAUCAACAAGGUGGAUGCUGACGGAAAUGGCACCAUCGACUUCCCAGAAUUUUUGACUAUGAUGGCUAGAAAAAUGAAAGAUACAGACCGUGAAGAAGAAAUUCGCGAGGCAUUCCGAGUCUUUGACAAGGAUGGCAACGGUUACGUCAGUGCGGCGGAGCUACCUCAUGUCAUGACCAACUUAGGAGAAAAACUAACAGAUGAAGAAGUAGAUGAAAUGAUCAGAGAAGCAGAUAUUGAUGGAGUUGGGCAAGUCAACUAUGAAGAAUUCGUACAGAUGAUGACUACAAAAUGAAGGCCUACUUUCAACUCCUUUUCCCCCUUGUAGAAGAAUCAAAUUGAAUCUUUUACUUACCUCUUGCAAAAAAAAAAAAAAAGUUCAUUUACUCAUUCUGUUUCUAUAUAGCAAAACUGAAUGUCAAAAGUACCUUCUGUCCACACACACAAAAUCUGCAUGUAUUGGUUGGUGGUCCUGUCCCCUAAAGAUCAAGCUACACGUCAGUUUUACGAUAUAAAUACUUGUACUACCUUAAUGAUAAGGAAGCACCUAAUGGACUCCUUGCAGUUCCAUUUGCUCAUGAUUAAUACACUGUUUGGGCUGGCCAGUUUUUCAUGCAUGCAGCUUGACAGUUGAGCACAGUCAGGCAUUUGUAUUAAAAACAAAAAAUGAAAAAAACAAAUUUAAAAC